AUGGAGGAUGGAGAUUUUUAUAUAGAAAAGCUUCAAGAAAAGUUCAAACAUGAAUUUAUGUCGAAAGUGGAAUCAAUGUCACCAGUUGAAAUUGCUUGCUCGCGCAAUUCCAACACAGAAAUUCCACAAUUUAUUAAUCUCCAUGAAUCUAAACUAAAAUUGAUCGACAAUCUCAAAAAGACCAUAGAAAUACCUCAGCCAUGCUCAUUUUCACAAAAAAUUCUCGAUAAUCUCAGUACUUCCAUUGAUUUACCAACAGAUGUUGCAAAUGAGCUUACAAAUUUCUUCAAUAACGAAAAGAAACGCGUUGAAGAAAAAUACAAAAUCAUUACCGAAAGAUUUAAUAAGCUAGAUUGCUUAGAAGACGUAAUUCCACAAUUAUCGUUAGUUGUUGAAGAGGUUUCUAAGUACAAUUUAUCAUGUAACGACACACUUUCAAGAUUAGGACCAUCAACAUUCACUUCUUUUAACUUUAAUGAUGUUAGAAACGAGAUAUUUACGUUAUUUGAUCAAAGACGGAAGUGCGCUAUAAUAAAAUACGCAUUAAAAUCAGUAGAACUAUUUCCCAUUACCAAAAGAAGGGAAAUUUUGAAGCGAUUUUCCGAAACUUGCUUGAAUUUGAUCAUAACUGAUCGUAAUACAAAUUCUAUACCGAUGUAUCUACAAAAAGAGGAACAAUUAGAUUCAGAAUUACAUAGGCUUGCAGGAUUCUUUGGAAUAACGCAAGAUAUCGAUGAAAAUGACAGUCAAAGUUUUAUGUAUCACUGUGAGAAGCUGUUUUCAUCAUAUUUCAGGAAAUUCCAGAUUAACGAUAUCAGGCGCAAGAACAUUGACAUUCCAAUUCCUCGUGUAAACCAACCUACUCAUUAUUUGAUUUAUAAUUCACUUCUUGCUCAAAUCCCAGAGGAUCAUACGAUCAGUAACCUUAUCAAUUCCAUACCUACCAUUCGUCCAGAACAAAUUCUUUCGAAUAUUCGCGAACAAUCUUCGUUUUAUCCAACAUUUAUCGGCCAAGCAUUACAACCUCACCGAAAGGUAAAUUUAUUCCUUACAAAAAUUUACACAUGGAUGGAACUUCGAUGGAUGAGAUUACGUUAUUUAUGGGAAGCCUUUGUUCAUUACACAAACUACUUCCAGUACGUGCGUUAUUUUCUUAGUAACCCUUCAACGAAUAUAAAAAUAAGGAAAUCCCAAAAAUUUUCGGAAUUUAUUGAAGUAUAUGAUGAAGAAGGACCAUUUAUCUUCUCAAUGACAGAUAAGAUAUGUUCAGAGAUUGUUUCUAAGCUAUCUCGAUUGGUCGGAAACUUCUUAUCUAAGCUUGAAAAGAACGAUCAAAAAAUUAUUGACAGAGAAUCAACAGUUGAGCGACUUUUAACAUGUCUUUUCGACUUAUCAGUUGCUAAGUAUCAUUUAGUAUCUGCUUUGUUCGAAAUUCUUGCUCAUAAGCAAGAUGAUAAAAUUAUUGAACAAAUUCACAAAACAAUCAACUCAGUUCCAUCAUUUGAUGUCUCCUUAUUCAAUUCCUACGAGUAUUCUUUCAAAUAUCUCUCUCAAUCCCUUGAAUUACAAGCAUUAGCUGUCAGAAAGCUGAUAAACAUGCAAAUUAUCCAUGAAAGGCAAUGUUCAUCGAUGAUGACUGAUCCAAUCCCUAUUUUCGACCGUCCACACCUCAUUGACGACACUCAUUUGCAACCAAUAACAGAUGGCGGAGUUCCAAUUUCCCCAUUUGAAGUUUACGAGAACCUUUCCAUCAUAGGAGGCAUUUUCGACCAAGUAGCAAACUUAGUUCCCGAAUUUUUGGAAUCAAUUGAUGCAAAAAGUGACAAAUUUUAUUCUUACAUGGAAGUUGCCAUCUGGAACGAAGUAAUCAACAUGAUAACACAGAUGGGAACAAACGGAAGAUUCCCUUACGACCAAUUACCCUAUAAAAUACCUUUCCAACUUUCUGACAGUGUCGCGUCACUUUUUAUGAGUCCAUACGUUAACGAUAUUUAUACAAUUGAUUCCAUGAUGACGGGAAUGAACGAAGGGCGCAAGCUUAGAUUUCUUUUAAGUGUCAGGAGACUUUUAAAUUACGUAUGGAACUUACAAGAUGAAAUUUUAAUUACAUGUGAAUUGCAACAAUCAUAUUUAGCACAAUGUAAGAAGUUUUCAACUCCUGAUGUUGCUGUUAACCUUUCUCCUUUUGUGAACCAAAGAUUGGCGAACCAAAAGGAUGUCAUGCAAGAAGACAUCAUAGAAUUUGCAAGUAACGAAUUCUCUCCAGUACAAUUGGAUUUCAAUAGUUUGACAGUUAUCAAAGAUUUUCUUUUUUCUGGGCAUUUGAAGAAUGUCGAUGAAGUUUUUCGAUGCCAAAGGAAUCAGAACAUGAUAUUGGAAGUAAGUAUCAGAUACAACGACUUCUUUUUAGAUACACAACAGAUUGUUGACAUGUUUUCUUUGGAUAAUGUUUCUGAUAACACGUUUUUCGUAACAGGAACUGAAGUUGCAAAUGACAUAAUAGAAAAUGAAGCGAAAAUCUAUAAUAAAAGAUUUGCAGCGACAAUUGUUUUCUAUGAUAGUCAAGAGCUACUUAAAUCCUAUCAGCGUGUUAAACAGAAUAGAAUGAACGUGAUGUUGAACAUAAGAAACAUCAAAGUUCAUGUAAGAAACAAUUUAGAACAAAUGGCAAAAUCAAGAAAUUUGCAAGAAUUAAGAGAAACUUAUCAACAGCAAAUGAUUGAGACUUUCUCUGCUUUCCUUUAUAGAAUAGAGAUUGCAAGGAUAUGUGGUUGCGAACGCCGCUUGUUGUUAUCUAAUUCUUUCGUUGAUACUUUCGCUUUGGGACCUUUAGAUGGUCAGUUGUUUGUUAAUGAAGCUGGAAGAUUCGAAAAUUUCUUUUAUGUUCCAACUUGGACAGAAGUUUUCGACAUGGUUUCAACUGUUGAAUACGAUCGACAGAGUGAGAUAUUGAAGUUUUUAGUGCCUUAUGUUAUUUAUAGAUUGAGAAUCAUCUCUUACACGAGAUUUGUUGCGACAUUGGAUCAAAAACUUUCAUUAGUUUUCGAAUCAUUGUCAAAUCAUCAAUUAUUAGUUGAAACUGCCAUUUUCCAGAAAUUGUCGAAUGAAUUUUCGAGAAUGCCGAAUGCGAGAGAGAUUGAUACUUUGUCACAAUACGUCAAAGACAAAGAGAACUUGUUUUUAACAAUAAUUCAUACAAGUUUAUUAUAUUGUUAUGAAACAUUUUUCACAAGUCUUAAAGGUGAUCUUUCUGUUAGUUCACAGAAAGAAUUCAUUCCUUCAGGACAGAAAGAACUUCAAUACGCUGGUGUCAUCAAAGAAUUUAUUAUUAGUCUGCUUGAUGAAUUGCCAACGAAUUGUUUGAGUUCAUUACGUUAUUUACCUCGUUGGGAAUCCGAAUUUUGUUAUAAAAUGCAGGAUGACGAACGAAAACACUUUUCUCAGCAAAUUACAUUUAUUGAGCAAUUCAUUGACGCCGCAUUGAAACCAAUGAGAAAUGGAAAUUAUAUUGAUUCUUUCCAAAUGGUUACUCCGAUGACUGAUUUCGCACAUAUCUAUAAUUCAAUGAUAUCUUUGAAACUCUCAUAUUUCCAAAUUCUUGAACACGUUCAUUACGAAACAUUGAACUCAUUGACAUCAAUAACAAACAUCACGCAAGAACAAUACAUCAAAAGCCAUAAUUACUGGGUAGAUGGAAUCAUGAAAGAAUGUCUUCAAAAGAUCACACAACCUGGUGAUCAACCAGAGAAAACUGUUACUCCUCACCAACAAUAUAAAUUUACUAAAUGUGCUAUUGAUCUUUUAUCUGAUCACAUUGAGAAUUUAGUUUCACAACAACAAGCUAAAAACCUUGAGAAACUAAUAACAAAUGUAAUGAACUCAUUAAACACAAAAAACAAAGAUUUAAGAGAUAUGAAACCUGUUUCUUUUAAUGUCAGAAUUAAUAGUGUUGAAAAUGAAGAUAAAGAUGCAUUUAUUAUUAGUCCACAAUCAGCAAACAGUCAGUUCAAUGAUGAAAUGGAUUAUUCAACAGCUGUUUUAGUUAGUAAUCUUUCAAAAAUCAUCAAUGAUUGUAUAACAAGAAUUCCACAUUCUAAAGAUGAAAAUAAAGAAAAAUUACUUGUUUUGGAUUCUAAAAAAUUCGAAGAAGAAUUGUCUAAAUUUAGUGAAUCAUUACAAACAUUCAUUUCCGCAAGUAUUCAUGAUGAAGUUUAUACUUGGAAACAAUACAAUUUGUCAGCAAUGCUUCAACUCAAGAAAAUCAAGGAAAGUAUAGAAAGUUCAUUUAUUAUUCAACAUUUGACAUCAGAAAAUUACAAAAGUGAAGUUUCUAUAAGUAUUUCUUCUCUUUAUUUUGAUAAAAUUUGUGAAUUAAACAAACUAGAUCAAAAACGAAGAGAAAUCCUUCAUACAAUGGAUGAAACAAACAACGAGAUUGCAUCAUCAAUUCGUAAAGAAUUUGAUUCUCUUGUUCAAGACAUUUCUAAAGAAGUUGAACAUGAAAAAUCAAAAUUUGUAAUGAGAAAAAGAAAAACAUAUCAAUGCAUUUUAAACAUCCUUCAGAAGCCGCAUUCAUUGGAUAAUGAUUACCAUAAAUCAACAUCACCAACUGCUCAAGAAAACGAAAACAUUCUCUCUAAUGUUAAAAGUAAAAACGAAUACUUAAUAAAGAAAGUCAAAAUUCUUAGAAUUUUGAGAACAAUGGGAAAAAUUGCUCUUGAACGUUCAUUUUCCAAGAAAGUACAAAUGGCAAAAGACGAUCGUCGUAUUGUUAAUGCUAGUUUAUGGUCUAAUCGUCUCACAUACGAAACACACGGUGAAGAGAUGGAAGAACAACUUAAACAAGCACAAAAAAGACUUUCUGAAGAUGAAUAUAACAUAGAAAGUGUCAAAAACUCACUUGAAAUUGAGAAAUCUAGUAAUAUUCAGAUGGUUCAAUGGAAAGCAACAAAUUGUACUCGUAUUGUUGAAUUGAAUGAUCAAAUAAAAUCCAUUGAAACAUCACUUGGAAACAGCAAUGUUGGCCAAUUAUUGAAAAAACUCUCUUCAGCACAAGACGAAUUAAGUCGAUUAGAAGAAGAAAACAACACAUUGGAAGAUGAAAUUGAAGAAGAAAUUAGAAAACCAAUUAGACAAAGCCAACGUGUUCGUACUGCAAUAUCAAGAACACGAAUUGAACGUUCACGAAUCUUAGGAAGUGUUUCGCAACUUUCUCAACUUGAUUACAAUGAUAUCACACAAAAAAGAUCACCAACAUAUGAAGAAUACGUUCAAGAGAAUGAACAACUUAAAGCACAAAACGCACAGUUAAGACGAAACAUUGAUAAACUUACUGAACAAAUCUCACAACUUCCUCAAGACAUGCAAUAUCGUGCUCUUCCUCCUAAUUUCCUUUCCACUUCUAAUGUUCCGUCAUCAAGAAAACCUAAUUUUGUUCGUCCUGUAACAAGUAAAACAUCAACACGAUCCAUCACUUCCAAAAGUGAGAUUGCUAAGACACGGAAACAACCAAUAUUUAUAUAG